GGGAAGGAGGGAGGGCGGGCGGAGGGAGUAAAUGCGGAAGGGAAGGGUGAAAAAGAUGCACAAAAGCGGCAUCAGUUUUUGCUCGCAAUGAACUAAAAACAUUGUGCUCGUGAAUGGGAGCUGGUGAGCUCAGCCACGAGGCGGGUGCAAUGAGAAACCAGGCAGGCUUCAGCUGCUGGUGUUGCUGAGCACCAAUCCUCUCUCCCUCUGUCUGCCUCUGUCGCUGCCAGCUAGGACUGAGCCUUGCUGUGAUUUAGGGGACGGGUUCAGGGCUUUUGAUUGGGAUUUGGGCUUUAUAUUUUAGGGAAAUGCUGCUGGAGAGGAUUUGAACGUGCUGUUUUUGCUGAUUGAACACAGUGCGACGUGGAGACUCCUCGCGUGGCUGCUUUCAGGGCUGCUCCCCUCCCCGCUGCCUCUGGCUGUGUUUGGGUUAUGGUCCUGACUGAGAAGCAGGGCAUCACCCAGAUGCGCCACGCUGACUGCAUGGGAGGUUGAACCUUUAAACACCAGCAUGGGAGCCAAACAGAUGAAAUGUCUCAGCUCAGCCAGCCCUGCUCACUCCCCCAAAGAGGAGUAUGUUAUCACCCAGUCCAAUGACACCCCUAAAGAAGAAGCAGCCCAUGAUCAGUGUGAGGACCAGGGGGAACCUCGGGAUGACAAAUCUGAGCUGACAGAGAAGAAAUCUGUCACAGAGAUGUCUCUCUGUGGAUUGUGCCCGCCCCUCGGGCAUGAUGUGCAGGAGGAAGUGAAGUCCUGGGAGGAGCAACUGGACGCCCACCAGGAGCAGCUGGAGAAGGAAAUGCAGGAGGCCAGGAGGAUGGUGUUUCGCCUACAGGCUUUGCUGCUCCAUGGCUCCCUCCCUGAAGAGGACCAGGACGGAUCUGUGAACUUCGGCGAUACCCGGGCCAACGCGGAGCAGCAGCUGGUCCUCAUCCGCAGUCGUCUGGACCAGAGUAUGGAGGAAGCCCUUGAUCUCAAGAGAGAACUCCUGAGACAGAAACAGGAGGCGCGACACAUUCAGGCCAUCAAGGACGCUCUGCAGCAGCGCCUGGCAGUGCAGGAGGACGCCGUGCUGCAGCUGAAGCAGGAGCUGCUGAGGUGCAACAUGGCCAAGGAUCAGAUGGAAGCGGAAAAUGCGGAGCUCAAACAGAAGUUGAGUGAGAAGAACAAAUUACUCAGCGAAUACGAGCAGCAAAUUGGGAGAAAGGACAGAAUGGUGCAGCAACAGCAACAGAAGUUUGAUGAAGCCCAGCAUAAAGCACAUGAAGGCAGCCUGGGACGGUCACUCAGGAGUGAAAGCGGUGGUUACAGCAACUCAGUGGCUUCCACGGCUCCUCCAGCAUUCCAGCACAAUGCCCCGGGCGAAGAGCUGCAGCUGGUCAGGGAGGCUUUGCGCAGCCUGAGAGACAGUUUCUCCGGCCACGACCCCCAGCACCACACCUUGGACACCCUGGAGCAGGGCGUGUCCAGUCUGGUGGAUCGAUUACACUCUUUGGACACCCAUCGCAGACAGGACAGAGGGGAGGAAUUUAAAUCACCAGGACGCAGAGCCAACUCAACAGACCGUGACUCCUGGCCACCGAGCUCAAAAAUGGCACACUCUCACAGCACCCCGGGACUGGACACUGCCAUCGCUACUAAAGUGCUCUACUUCACUGAUCGCUCACUCACCCCGUUUCUAAUUAACAUUCCAAAAAGGCUGGGUGAGGUGACACUUCGAGACUUUAAGGCCGCCAUAGACAGACAAGGCAGCUUCAGAUACCACUUCAAGGCCCUUGACCCAGAGUUUGGCACAGUGAAAGAGGAGGUGUUCCAGGACGGAGCAGUCGUGCCCGGCUGGGAGGGUAAGAUUGUGGCGUGGGUGGAGGAGGACCACGGGGAGCGAAGGUAGAGCCAGUAUUCCAGAGAUCACCACUACAAACCUCAGCUGUUUCCCACUGGACCACGAUUCCACUGGAAAUUCUUACAAUGCCAUAACAGAACAAUUAAUAUAAAAAAAGUGGGACCAAUGGACCUAACGUCAUAUCAAUAUUCUGUUGCAAAAAUUGAAUGUCACUUUUUAAUGGAUGCAUAUUAGUUAUUGUUCAGCUCAUAAACAAAUAUGUGGGACUACAAAUUAAUGGUCAGUAACGAUACUUGAAACUCAAAAGUUAAUGUGAUUUACAAUAAAUAAUGUGACAAGCUGUGCUUUGAAAAGAUGUACAGUCCCGAAGAUAAAAGUGUUUACUUACAGAUCACAUGUUCCAGUUUGCCAAACAGUGAUGUUGUUGUUCUGCAUCAAUUUUGACAUUUUAAUAAACAUGGAUUAUUGCAUGGAA